GAUCGAAAGAACAGCGACCGAAGGAGGAAGGGCAAGGGCAAAGGCGAGACGGAAGGAAGAGGUGAGAAGAGCGACAAGGGCGAGAAGGGCAGGACUGCAGCGAGGGACAAGCUGAUCUCCAGCGAAGAGAUGACAAACGAGAUGAAAGCUAUGGAAACAACGCAGAUGACCAG